AUGGAGCCAAUUCGAAAGAUUCUUCGAACCCGUCUUUUGGAGGUUAUUCAGGCCCCCAAUAGGAUCAGUGCUUCUUCGGCCAAGGUAGUCCUUCCUUUCGCAAUUCCCGAAGUGCCUCUUUAUACAGGCGAUCUGAGUGG